CAGUGCAAGUCGUUUGUACUGCCUGGGGACUUCUGAGUCUAGAAACGACGCACUGAAACGGCUUCAGCAUCAUGGCCACAGAUGGUGAUGUAAGUGAGGCAGCGGAGAAGGAAGAAGAGAUGGACGCCCCAGACUCGGCCUCGCGAGUCUUCUGCAGUCGCGUCCUGAGCAUGGUCAAUGCGGACGACGUCAACGCCAUCAUCCUGGCCCAGAAGAACAUGCUGGACCGGUUUGAGAAGACCAAUGAGAUGCUGCUGAACUUCAAUAACCUGUCGAGCGCCCGCCUGCAGCAGAUGAACGAGCGCUUCCUGCAUCACACGAGGACCCUGGUGGAGAUGAAGCGGGACCUGGACAGCAUCUUCCGCAGGGUCCGGACCCUGAAAGGGAAGCUGGCUCGGCAGCACCCUGAAGCCUUCAGCCACAUCCCGGAGGCAACCCUGCUGGAGGACGAAGAUGAGGACCCCAUCCCACCCAGCACCACGACCACCAUUGCUACCUCGGAGCAGAGCACAGGCUCCUGUGACACGAGCCCAGACCUCAUCUCGCUCCCCCUCAGCCCUGGCUUCGAGGACCUGCCCCAGGCCCGGCCCCGCUCCCCCACCAUCAACGGGCGCGGCCCCACCGACGAUGAGGAGGAGACACCCGGCGAGUAGCCCUGCUCCGGGUUCCCGAGGCUCCUGUCUGACCUCUGGGGUUCCUGGGCAUUGGGUUCUGAGGUUGUCUUCCGCCCACCCUUCCUCUUCCUCCUGCAUCCAUGACCCCCAGCCCACGAGUGUGGCCAACCCUGCUGGGACCCUCCAAAGGGGUGCCAGGGCUUGAGAGCUGCCCAGACCACACUUAGAGACUAACAAAAACUGGAACUCCCUCCUGGAGGCAGAGAACAUCAGCUGCCCCAGCCCCACUGACUCGUCUCCCUGUCCCUCUCCUGAUGACAGUAUCAAAUAUUUUCUCCAAUCUGUAUCUUGUCGGGGUGGGACAUGGAGAUGGGUAGAAGGCUUGAGGUGGAGGCUGGCCACCCCAGAGCACCCCCAUUGGCCCCAGCAAGCCUCUCCCGGGACCUCUAGGGGCAAGGUGGGCCCCCUUGGAAAACAGAGUUUCAUGGAAUAUUUUUGUACCCGAUGUUUACAGAUGCUGUUGGGAAGUUAUUAAUAAAGUGACUCCAUUCCUACAAAACAG